CUUUGUGAUUUACCAUUCCUAAUUUUUUUUACGAUUAUCCGGAAAAAGAAAAUAACAGAAAGGAGAGAACGGAAAUCAGAGAAAGAAAAAAAUGGGUUAGCGGUUGCAGACUUUCAUUAUCCCGCGCGCAUCUCACCCAAAAAAAAAAAACUGACUCAUCUCUCUCUUCCUCUUCAAUCUAUCUAGGGUUUACACCCCUCUCUCUCUCUCUCUCUCUCUCUCUCCAAAUUUCAAUUUUGAUUUUAAUCCAUUCGAUGGAGGAAGCAAAGGCCGGCGCCGGUGAAUCGGUGAGGGCUUCGUCGUCGUUGGUUGCAGUCGGUGGUCGGCAGAGAUUCACGGUGGAGCUGAGACCAGGAGAGACCACCAUCGUUUCGUGGAAGAAGCUUGCGAAGGACGUGAGCAAGGUUAACAGGCCCACCUCCUCGGCACCCGCACCCGCACCCGCACCUGCACCCGAACCUCAGUCCAAUGCUCACUCUGUUCUUGAGUCUCGCUUAGCUCCGGGACAACCUUCUGAAAUUGACUUGAAUGAUGCUCCCCCUACAAGCCGUUUUAGUGCUGUUAUUGAAAAAAUAGAACGCCUAUAUAUGGGUAAGCAUAGUAGUGAUGAGGAAGAUCUUAAUGAUGUUCCUGAUGAUGAUGAAUAUGACACAGAAGAUUCUUUCAUAGAUGAUGCGGAGCUGGAUGAGUAUUUUCAGGUUGAUAACUCAACAAUAAAACAUGACGGAUUCUUUGUUAAUCGGGGGAAAUUGGAACGCACAAAUGAACCUACCUUAUUGUCUAACCAACAACCAAAGAAAAGAAGAAGGAAAGAUUUGGCAAAAGGUCAGGGUGAGGGUGAUGAUGAUCACAUGCCAAAUAAACAUGUAAAAGUGGGAAAGAAGGUGGCUGGGAAGUCAGUGCCAUUGGUUGGAAAGAACUCUUCUGGUCACUCUCACAUUGUGGCUCUACCUAUUGUACAUCAUGAAGAUACGAAAUUUCAGAAUCAGAUGAAUUCUUCUGUAAUUUGUGCUAAGAAGAAAUCUGCUGAAACAAAAACUCUAUUGGAUCCAUCUCCUCCUUCAAAAGUUCCAAAUGGUGAUGCUUCUUUGUCUAUACCAGAGGAAAAGGAUAUUGACAAGCAGAAGACAGGAAUGGCCUCUUCUAAGUACCAGGGUAACAAAUUGAAAGACGGAGGUGAAUUUUCCGAUCCUUCGGUUCAGAGGUCUCAUGGCAAAAGUUCUUAUACACAAAGCAAAUCUCAACCUGGAAAACUAUUGAAUAAUGUCAAUGAGUCAGAUCAAUCAGUUCAGAGGAGAGAAAAAGAUGGCAUUCGUGAAAGGCCUGACCUCAAUGUUUAUGAGGGAAAAUAUCCCAUGCAAACUGUGAAGGCUCCACUCAUGCAGAGAAAGGAAGGUUUAAAUGUUAGGCCAAAAAGUACGAUGCUCGAGAAGGCCAUUAGGGAGUUGGAGAAGAUGGUUGCAGAAUCAAGACCACCAACCAUGGAAGUUCAGGAUGCUGAUAUUUCGUCUCAGGCAGUCAAGCGGAGGUUGCCACAUGAAGUAAAGCAGAAGCUGGCCAAAGUUGCUAGACUAGCGCAAGCAAACCAUGGAAAAAUAUCGAUGGAGCUGGUCAAUCGUCUUAUGAGUAUUGUUGGUCACAUGGUACAACUGAGGACGUUAAAGAGAAACCUAAAAGUCAUGGUUAAUAUGGGUUUGUCAGCAAAAAAGGAGAAAGAUGAUAGAUUUCAGCUGAUGAAAAAGGAAGUUGCUGAGCUGAUUAGGAUGCGGGUGCCAUAUAUAAAGUCCAAGGCACUGGAGCAACAAGCUGGAGCAUCUGAUGAUUUUCUGGAAAUUGGCAAUGAAGAGAAAGACGUAAUUAAACGAAAAUAUAGCAUGGAUGAUGCGUUGGAGGACAAGAUUUGUGAUCUCUAUGACCUCUACAUAGAAGGGCUGGAUGACGAUGCAGGUCCACAAGUGAGAAAGCUGUAUGCAGAGCUUGCAGAAUUAUGGCCAGAUGGAUUUAUGGACAACCAUGGGAUUAAGCGUGCUAUAUGUAGGGCAAAAGAUAGGAAGAGGCCACUGCACAGCCACCAUAAGGAGAAAAUCAGGAGGAAGAAGUUGAUUCCAAAGACUGAGGAGGCUGUUCGAGUAGAAACUACAACUACUGCUCAGCCGCAAUAUGUGCAAGAGAAAUUGGUUACUGAUUCUGGUAAUCAUGGUUUGACUUCAGUCAGCAGGCCCAUGCCCAAUUCAACAACAGCAAAUACUAAUGUUUGGAUGCCCAUGCCCAGUGCCACAAUGAAUGGUCCCAACUUGGACCGGCUAAAACAAGAUGAAGUAAAGGUAACUUCAAGUAAUCUCAAUGACACGAGGACAAUGGAUGCAUUGACAAAGAAAAAGGUGAAGAGAAAGCCAGAAUUGGAAUCGAGUGAAACUCACUUCCAUCUGGAGAAGUUAGUUUCUGCACAGGGCAAGGAAAGACACAAGCCCCAUAAGCACGUUACCGGUCCUAUCCGAAAACCGAGUCUUCUGUUGGCUCCUCUCCCUCCUCAAAACUUUGAACGGCCCAGCUAACAGGACUCGUAGCUCAAUUAGGAAGUUCACACCGCGAUGGUGUUUGUUCAACACAAAUCUUUGUUUUUAAUCUGUUUCCUUUUUUUACCACUUCAUUCAUUUUGACAGAUUGGUUUCAGUCGUCGUGUAAUUAAAUGUUGGUGUCAUGUUGAGCCAAAUUCUAUUUUCAUAAGAGGCAACAUAGCUGAUUUUUUUUUAAUCAUUAGAUGGGGUUUUGAUUGCGUUUGAUAGUGUUCAGCCCACAGAAGGAAAAUACAAUCAUCAUAUCAUAUAUGUAAAGCUCAAAAUAAUCGAAAAGUCGGGUUGGCUUAUUUGUUUCAUAAA